UGGUUGUGUGUCCUCUGGAACUGAACUAGCUCAGUGGGCUAAUAAACCUUCGAAUGCAUCGUGGCAGCUGUGGAGUCAAAUCUACAAGGAAAGAAACCAAACAAUCUAGUCUUCUUCCUUGCUGAUGAGAGUCUAAGCCAGUUUACCUCCUGGGGAAUGUGCUGUGUUUGGGCCUGAGAGAGAGGCAAACAUCCCACAUCCUUGUCCUUGAGGCCAGAACUAGACCGAGCUAGGUCGGGCACUCUUCACAAGGCAUGGCCUGGCCUCUCUUUGGAGUCAUGGGUAUUGCUCAGGGCAACACUUAUCCCAACCUAGACCUGGUAGUGCCUGUGUUGACCUGCCGGGAACCAGAGCCCAGCUAGGGUAGAGUUUGAGGUAUGACAGCCGUGGAGUAACAUUUAAGAUAAUUGUAUGGUAGUGCCUGGUUGGAUUUCAUCUGCCUGGAGCUUUCAGGGGCAAGAAUAAAGUCCAUUGUAGACUAGAGGGGACUGAGAUAGGUCUAACAGAGACUGACCUCUGACCUGCAUCUACUACUGCCCCUCAGGCUCAGGGUCCCUGCAUGAGGUGAUCUUUCUAUACAAAGAUGAGGCUAUUUGGAAUGCUGAAUGACUUUCCAAGGGAGCCUUGCCCUCUUCCUCACAGCUUAAUAGCUGAAGUGGACUUUGCCCCUCUCCCCUAAGGUAGCAGUCAGCUGCCCAGUUCCUGUCUUAGGCAGAAGCCCUCUCUAGACCUUCGCCAGCAAGCAUGGUCUCCUGGUCCUUCCUGGGCCCAUACCCUGCCUCGCUCUGCCCCUUUACUAAGUGUCUCAGGGCUGGGUGGAGGACCAGGGAAUCAGCAAGACUGUGACAUAGCAGCUCCCCAGGAUCUCCUCAGCCUCUCAGUCUCCACUGUGAACCAGAGGUGGCUGCUUACUGUGAGAAAAUGCCUCCAAGCAAUAGACAGGAAGUUUCUGCCCUACCAGUGUUGCGAGAUGGAAAAUGUAUUUCCACUGGAAUCCAUGGGUAGAAGAGAGAGACAAACAAGCUCAGAGCACCCACCCAGGGCCCUUCCUUUCCUUAGAGAUUUCCCCUCCCACCCCUGAGCUGGGAUAGGUUCUUAUAGUCAGCCUGCCCAGACCGUCACACACAUCCCAGAGUUCUUGUUCAUAAACACAGUGUGUGGACACAGUGCCAGUACCUCCCACCUGCAAGUGAGCAGCUGUUCCCCAAAGCAUGGGGUACCCCCAGCUGUCUACUUUCACCAGGGCUGCUGCCCAUCAUUUCCAAGAAUAAACACCAGCUAGUGGCUGCGUGGAUCUGAAUCAUCUGGGAGCUUCCAAAGGAGGGGAGUGACUGCCCAGGACAGACAAGCAGGUUAUAUAAGUUCCUGAGGGCUGGACUUCACACAGGUCUCUUCCUGUGGCUACUGCCUGCCAGAGAGUUACCUACAGAGAGCUUGCUUGGCAUCUACCAUGUCUGAGGUUGGCACCUCUGAAGCCCCCAUCAAGAAGAAGCGUCCCCCUGUGAAGGAAGAAGACCUGAAGGGGGCCCGAGGGAACUUGGCCAGGAACCAGGAGAUCAAGUCUAAGACAUACCAGGUCAUGCGGGACUGUGAGCAAGCUGGCUCAGCUGCCCCAUCUGUAUUCAGCCGCAACCGCACAGGCGCUGAGACCGUCUUUGAGAAGCCCAAAGAGGGACCUGCCAAGAGCAUCUUUGGCUGAGAAGUGUACACUGCACCACUCCACACACCUGGACACAGGAGCCUCUCCCACGAGCUCUUUUUUUUUUUUUUAAUGCUGGAAGAUGACUUUUCCCUGCUGUCUCCAGAACCAUCAUGACUCCCCACAACCCUAGCCCUUCUUUACCAUCACCUUGGAAACACCAAUAAAGAGGGUGCCCAAGUGGCUCCAACCUUGGGAAGAUGUCAGUUGGUCAGUGGCCAUGCAGAGGAAGAGGGGGAAGUGUGAGGAUGGAACACGUUCAGCACCCUUCCUGGGCUCUGGGGUGGGCGGGGCAGGGAAUAGUGUAUACUUUCAGGGCCGCUGAGAUGUACUAGAAAGACACACUGACACAA